CAUUUCGGAUCAGUGUCGCGUCAUUUUCCUCGCUGAAAACAUAUCAUUCACAGAUAUUUUGCGCCAACGGUUGAACAAGUAUUUUCAGUGGUGACUAUAAUAAAAUUGUGUGUACUAUUAGUGGCGUGAAUUUUUCCGAAAUUUUCCUGUGCAUCCACUCACGGCGCAGACUUGAAAUGCUUUUCUAUUAAUUUGUAUACUUUCGGUUGCCAGCGGCCAUAUGAAAAGAAGAAAUUGCAUCCAGGCCGCGGAUCUCAAUUCAAAUUAUCAUUAGAACUCCAUUUGAAGCAUCAAAUGAUUGCGGAAAAUACUAAAAAUUCCAGGAAAAAUAAAGCAGCUCAUUGGAAACGUGGAAAUUACUUGAAAAGUUCCUAACGGGAAUAGCAGAUUUAAAGGCGGAACAAUGAAUUUAAUGUUCCGUAAGAAUUUCCACGAAGGAAGGACAUCAGGCGGUCACGGUGGUCUCAAGCUGGGCAACAAACCGAACCGCUCGCAGCAGGCAAAGAGAUCCAGGGACAUGGCGUACCAAUACGCCGAGGAAGUACACUACAGGACACAUAUUUUUUUCGCUCCAAAUCGGUCUGGAAACCAAAUCGAGCAAGAAGUUGUCAAUGUCAUCAGUAAAACAUUUACAGAGCGUUGUGGCCCUGUAGCGGGUGCUGCCAUCUCCUCCUAUCCAUUGCCAUCUUCCUGUGAUGUGGAUGCACCCCAACCCUUAGUCGAUCGUAGACCAUCUGUGCCAUUAAUGAAAUGGAACGCUAGCAAAAGGAAUGAUGCGCCUACGCCUAUAGCUGCCAGGCAAGUAAGCUUCGGAGGAACGGGCACUACAAGAGCAGAACCUAUAUCGUUGGCGACCCUAGACCGUGACUGCUUUAUAAUACCGGUUCAUAGCAUCGAGAGAUUUCUUCCUUUAGGGAUACCGAUACCACCCCCUGCUGCAGAUGGAACACCUGGUAGUCCACUCAGUGUUCUGGAGGUGUCGGAUCCAAAAGUAUGUAUACUGGUACAUCUUAUGAGCCCUCUAGAACCAAUUGAUCCUGUACUGGAAUCGCCGCUGGCUCAUCCUUUGGUGAAACAAAGGGCAAUAGCGGCAGAACUUGUCAAUGAAGUGCAGCAAGCCAAUACUGCGGUGGGUGGGAUGCUAUUGGCCAACAUGGAAAGAAAUUCGGAUUUCCCAUUCAUCGCUUACUAUAUAAUCAAUACAAUGCAGACGGAUCCAACUAGCUUCUAUUCAGGAAUAAGGGUAGCAUCUUUAUCGAAGUUUGAACCGAGAAAUCUAAGAUAUACUGCAGCGCACACACUAGAUAUGUACUGCGAGGUAGCAUCAAUAUGUCGUCCUCCUCUUGUUCUAGCUCCCACGGAAUCGGGUAGCUUCAAGAAAAUGCAAACGCCUACAACCGGAUACAUAAUAAGCGUAUACAAGGUCUUCGAAGGAGAUGAUCGGGAGCGUUUCGAAAAGAAUUGGCUUUAUUGGACAGGCGCCAGAAUGCUAUAUAGGUAUCUCCCCAGAAAGGCAGGUUUACGUCGCAUUGCACUGCAUAAGAGUGUCUCGCAGCGUGGAGACAAGAUGUAUCUGUUAGUAUGUGAAUGUGCCGAUCUUCUCAAGGAUAUUUCUUGUGCGGCUUUCCUAAUUCCCGCUCUGCGAGCGCGACUAUGCGGCUACACUGGACUCUAUCGGCCUAUUCAAGUUUUCUAAUUAGCACUCCUGCGAGGACCAGAUUCGCAUGAUUCGAUUCUAAUUUUACUUUGGUUUUAGCUUGUUAUGUUGAAAAAACGGAUUAUAAUGCGAUUUAAGUUAAGAUGAAUUGAAAGUAAUAUCGAUAGCAAUAAUAGUCUCUGUGAAAGCAUCGAAAGUCA